AUGCAAUACCGUAAACAUAUCAAUCACGCACCCAAUCCACCAGCUAGACAUCUGACUGAUAUAAAGAGUCGAAAAACUAAAAAAUUGCCCCCCGCUCCCAACGAAUCCCCUCGUUCGCCCGCUCUCCGCGGCGCGAAUCGCAUAAAUCGACCGAAAAGUCAAAUUGCUGCUAUAGCUCACCGCCCUCAACUAAAAAUUACGAUGUCCAAACAAAUAUUGCGCGAGCGUUGUUUAGUCAACUUUUUACACGUUGUACAACUUCAUUUUAUUUUUGAUGUACUGAAAUGCCGGCUCAGCUAA